AUGUACCCACCAAUGUUGCGCCACUUUACACAUUUGCUGCGAGACGAAUAUGGUUUAACAAGUAGCCAGCAGAUAGAUAUCUACAAGAAAGUUGGUAUGUUUCUGUGCAUACUUGCACACGGAAAGGGAUAUCGGCAGGUGACAACGAUUUUCAAUCACUCUUUGCAAACUGUCUGUCAAUUCUUCAAAGAGGUGCUACGUGCCGUCAUGUCGCUAUCUGAACGUAUUAUACGACCGACGCAUAACUACAAUGACGGUGUCGAGCCACACAAGCCGGACCCGAACAAGCAUCCACUAUUUCAGGAUUGUAUUGGGGCUAUUGACGGAACACACGUGCGAGCCAUGCUCCCACGUCACGAACGAGUGAACUUCAUUGGUCGAAAAGGAAUACCAACCCAAAAUUUGUUGGCCGCAUGUGAUUUCAAUUUAUGUUUCACAUUCGUGCUUGUUGGUUAUACCGGGAACAUGCAUGACGCACGGAUUUUAGCUCAUGCUAUAUACAGCCCGGAGAUAGAAUUUCCGCAGCCAGCAACGGGAAAGUAUUAUUUGGUGGAUUUCGAUUUUGCUCAUCGGCCGGGGUAUAUGGCCCCGUACAAAGGUUCAGACAUACUGCACUCUUCGUGUAGGAAUGUCAUUGAACGUGCAUUUGGUGUGUUGAAGCAGAGAUGGAAAAUCCUUGAUCGUAUGCAUAGUUACUUGUUCCCAACACAACUUUCUGACUAUUUUUUGCCUACUUCUAUGACUUUCCACAAUUUGCUGACACUUUCACGUGGAAGAAGCCGGACUGACAGAAGAGAACUGACCGAUGCUUUGACACCCACUCACAGCAUGCGGGCCCGACCUGAAUAA